GCACAGGUUAAGUUGUAUUGGCGACUGAGAAGGACUUCCUCAUGUCGUCGUUCAGCACCCGCAUAUGGAUUGACAUAACACACAAACCAACACUCACACAGCGAGCACCACGAACCGGAACGUUGACCUGUCACCGGACGGGCAACCCGAAGUAGAAGGAAACCCAGCAGUUUACCAGCGUGACUUGGAGCACAGCAAUGGGACGGACUAUUACGAUCCUGACCUGGAACAUAGACGCAAGGAUCGAAAACAGGGCAGAAAGGCUUGCCGCUGUCGGCGAGACUGUACGGAAACUGGACCCGGAUAUACUCUGUUUUCAAGAGGUCUUAUUGGCCACCUAUGGAGUCUUACAGCGUCUACUUGCUGCGGGCUGUUAUGUCGAUUCGGGAUUUGCGCGCAGCGGCAGCGGCUUGCAAACGGUACUCUUCGCUCGCGACAAGAUAGCCGCCGAUUUCGAGACCGUCCCUCUCGCGAGCCGUAUGGGCCGGACAUGUGUUUUAGCUCGAUGUCGAAAAUUGAAUCUGACGGUCGCCAGCUGCCAUAUGGAGUCUUUCAAGCACAAUGUCGGACGCCGGUCGGAACAGACACUCCAGAUCCAUAGGGCUUUACUACCCGAAAACGCCGUCGUGUUGAGCGGCGACAUGAACUUCAUCCUUCCUCAAGAGGGUUUCCCCUCACCGUGGCUGGACGUUGGGCCGAGCGAGUACACGUACGACUCGCUGUCGAACACAAGCAUACGAGACGGGUUCCGGUCGCGAUUGGAUCGCAUAUACGUUAAAUGCGUGGGUAACAUCGACUGCCGUUUAGUGGGGACGGAGCCUGUCGAUGGCGUGUUCCCGAGCGAUCAUUUCGGAAUCUACGCGGAACUUACGCUCACAUCUCAAUCUGAAGAACCACCACCAGGGGGUUGAACAGUUCCUCGCCAGAGGCGCACGAGCGCUCCUCCGAUAGUGCCGUUUUCUGGGCAGGAUAUGAGACAGGGUUAUAUGUCGAGCGCGAUACCCGCAGCGAUGCGUAGGACCGAGGGGUCACGUUCUGGGGGUGGCGACGGCGAUGGACAGAGGAUGACCGCACCUGGUUUGUGGCCGACCAGAUGCUGUUGCGUGUCAAAAAGGAAACAGCGGUCAUUUCGA